AUGGCGAGCGAGGAGAAUGACCAGGACCCUCCCAGACGCGAUGUUCGCAACCACAUCCUCUUUGAAAUCGCAACAGAAGUUGCCAAUCGAGUUGGAGGCAUUUAUUCUGUCCUCAAAUCCAAAGCUCCGGUCACUACCGCCGAGUAUGGCGAGAGGUAUACCCUGAUCGGCCCGUUGAAUCGCAACUCGGCUGCGGUGGAGGUCGAGGAGCUGACCCCGUCCAACCCCCACCUCAUUGCAACCAUCAAGUCUAUGAAGGAUCGGGGAAUUGACAUGAUCUACGGUCGCUGGCUCAUUGAGGGUGCUCCUCGCGUUCUCCUCAUCGACACGGGAACCGGGUACAAAUAUCUAGACGAAUGGAAGGGAGACUUGUGGAAUACUGCGGGGAUUCCGUCCCCUGCCGCCGAUACAGAAACCAAUGAAGCCAUUGUUUUUGGAUACUUGGUGGCGUGGUUCUUGGGCGAGUUUAUCGCCCAUGAGCGCCGGCGCGCAGUGGUGGCGCAUUUUCACGAGUGGCUCGCAGGAGUCGCGCUUUCCUUGACGAAAAAGAGACAUAUGGACGUCACCACCAUUUUUACAACCCAUGCUACCCUCCUUGGUCGCUAUCUCUGUGCGGGAUCGGUCGACUUUUACAAUAACCUUCAGCACUUUGACGUAGAUGCGGAGGCUGGGAAACGGGGUAUCUACCACCGCUACUGCAUUGAGCGAGCUGCUGCCCAUUCCGCAGACGUGUUUACCACCGUCUCCCACAUUACUGCAUUUGAGAGCGAGCAUCUGCUCAAGCGCAAGCCAGACGGCGUUCUGCCCAAUGGCUUGAAUGUGAAGAAGUUUUCUGCCGUGCAUGAAUUCCAAAAUCUACAUUCUCAGUCGAAGGAAAAGAUCAAUGACUUUGUCCGCGGACACUUCUAUGGUCACAACGACUUCGAUCUAGACAAUACCCUUUAUAUGUUCACAUCCGGUCGAUAUGAGUUCCGCAACAAGGGUGUCGAUAUGUUCAUUGAAGGCUUGGCUCGUCUGAAUCAUCGACUUAAGACUAGCGGAUCUAAGACAACCAUUGUUGCAUUCAUCAUCAUGCCGGCCCAAACCUCCUCGCUUACUGUUGAGUCACUCAAGGGUCAGGCCGUCGUUAAGUCCCUGCGAGAAACAAUUGAGAUGAUCGAGAAAGGAAUUGGAAAGCGAAUGUAUGAACGCUGCCUUGCGUGGAAGGAAGGCGACAACAUGCCGGAUGAGAAGGACCUGAUCACCAGCCAAGAUCGUGUCCUUUUACGGCGCAGACUCUUCGCUAUGAAGCGGCACGGUCUACCCCCCAUUGUCACACACAACAUGCUGAACGAUUCCGAUGACCCAAUUUUGAACCAGAUUCGUCGUGUUCAACUCUUUAAUCAGUCGUCUGAUCGUGUCAAAAUUGUCUUCCACCCCGAAUUCCUGAACUCAUCCAACCCUGUACUACCAUUGGACUACGAUGACUUUGUUCGCGGCACUCACCUCGGGGUUUUCCCUUCGUAUUACGAACCAUGGGGCUAUACUCCUGCCGAAUGUACCGUCAUGGGAGUCCCCAGUAUCACCACCAACCUUUCUGGAUUUGGAUGCUAUAUGGAGGAGCUGAUUGAAAACUCUUCCGACUAUGGAAUCUAUAUUGUGGACCGUCGAAUGAAGGGUGUAGAUGACUCGGUGAAUCAACUGACUGAUUUUAUGUACAACUUUACCUUGAAGAGCCGACGACAACGGAUCAAUCAACGUAACCGCACCGAGCGUCUCAGUGAUCUUCUGGACUGGAAACGCAUGGGGUUGGAAUACGUGAAGGCCCGACAGCUGGCUUUAAGAAGAGCCUAUCCAACUUCUUUCGACAACUCCGAAGACUACUACGAUAUCAUUGGCGGAACAGAACAAAAGAUAUCGCGGCCUCUGUCUGCUCCUGGUUCUCCACGGGAUCGCUCGGGAAUGAUGACACCAGGGGACUUUGCAUCACUCCAGGAAGUCAAAGAGGGUCUUAGCACGGAAGACUACGUUGGUUGGCGACUCCCCACCAGCGAGGAAGAUGACCCGGAUGACCAUUUCUUUCCCCUUACCCUCCGGACGAAAAAGUCCGAUCGACCAUCCUCUCCUCUAGAUCAAAUACCGGUGAACGGUGACGGUCACUGA